AUGAGGCUGUCCCUGCCUGUCCUGCUGGUCACUCUGGCCCUUUGCUGCUACGAGGGCAAUGCGUUCGUCUGUUCAUCCCUCAUUGAUGAUCUGACAGGCUUUUUCUGGAAACCUGAUGAAGUAUACAAGGCAAAACUUCAGAAAUAUAAUGCACCUCCAGAAGCUGUUGAGGCCAAGAUGGAAGUGAAGAAAUGCGUGAAUCAGUUCUCCUUUGUAAACAAACUGCUACUUACAAAAACACUGGGGAAAGUACUGGUGAAGUGUGGUUUCACAGAUUUGAAAUGUUUUCUAUCCUUCGUCUUGGGUUGA